UUGGCAACCCUCCUUUCCGUCACAAACGACAUGUUUUCCUCCGUAUUAAAGGGGCCUUAAUGUUUUCGAAGAGAAGCUAUGCGUAAAUGGUUUGUUUUCUAUAUAUUUAGGACAACAGGUUGUUAUUUGAUAUUUUGCCUUAAAGGAAUGCUGUUGAAAAGCCGCCUGUUUAAAAGGCAGAACCGAAUGUGUUUAGCGACUCGUCUUUAGCAGGCCCGCUUCGAGACUCCGGAUUUUCCUGCCAGGUUAAACCGGAGUCAGCGCUUCACACAGCGGUCGCGUGGCUAGUUACCUGUCGGCUGACACGGUGUAUAAAACCGUAAAGCUAAUUAGUUAUUGCAGGAUUUGAGGAUGAGCAGGGGACGUGGCACCAAAAAAAGACAGCCUCCAGACACUCCUGAGUCACAUGACGAGGGGAUUCUGGACGAGGUGAAGCAGCUUUUUAGUAAAGUGAGAGAGUACUCUGCUCCACCUGGAUGCGAAUGGUGCUUACCUGACCACAGCGUGGCGCUCUGUGACCAGCCAUGGAGUCAUCCACCCCUGCAGGCUCUGAAAAACUCCCUGAACGAGGUGAAGGAUCGACUGAGUGACAAAGAUUUGUCUGUGUGGCACCAGCACACUUGCUCCACCAACAGAGCAGGUAUCAUUACAUCCCACCUCAGGGAGACCACCAAUGCAGAACUUUGCACUCAGGCCUGGGCUAAAUUCUACGAGAUCCAAGGAACCUUCAAGCUCCUAUCGGAAACGGCUCUGCAAAACGGCGAAUUCAACUCGGUUCAUUUGUGUGAAGCUCCUGGAGCCUUUAUUUCUGCUCUCAAUCACUUCCUCCAAACCAGCAGGCUGUACUGUGACUGGACCUGGGUUGCUAACACGCUCAACCCGUAUCACGAAGCCAAUGCUCGGAGUUGCACGAUCGCAGAUGACAGACUCAUUGCGCAUACCCUUCCUUGGUGGUUUUUCGGCUCGGACAACACCGGCGACAUCAUGCUUCAGAAGCAUUUGCUGGAGCUGCAGGUGUUUGUUAGUAACAUGCGCAGAGUGGAUUUGGUCACGGCGGACGGAAGCUUUGACUGUCAGGGAGACCCGGGAGAGCAGGAGAGUUUAGUGGCUCCUCUGCAGUACUGUGAAACCGUGUGUGCUCUACUCUUACUUGCUCCCGGAGGCUCGUUUGUCUUGAAGAUGUUCACGCUUUUUGAGCAUUCGUCCAUUUGCCUGCUUUACCUCCUUGCGUGCUGCUUUCGCUCAGUAAAUGUCUUCAAACCCGCAACUAGUAAAUCCGGGAAUUCUGAGGUCUACGUUGUGUGUUUGGACUUCCAAUCCAAAGACCACAUCCGGCCGCUGCUCUCGAAGCUCAUCCGCAGUUACGGUCCGGAUAUCAUUUCCACAGCAGCACUGUUUCCAAAAAGCUGCAUUCCCAGCUCUUUCCUCAGGCAGCAUGAGGAAAUCUGCGCAUUUUUCCAUGAGCUGCAGAUCAACACCAUCCAGGAGAACUUGCAUCUCUUUAGCAGUAUGACCGCUGAGCAACGCAAGCGUCUAGAUCAGCUCAGAGAAUGUGCUGCGCAGUUCUAUGUGCAGCGUUUUCAGGUGCAGUCUUUAUCACGCAAGCGCUGGGUGUGCCGAGGCGGCUUGCUGGCGUGGGGGAAACAGUGCCAGAGGAAGCAGAUGGGAUCAUUUAACCAGCGCAAGGAGAUGCAGUUUAAAGAAUGGAGGCAGCGUCUUGCACAUGGACCGUACCGAGCAUGGAUAGAGGAACAUUUUCAGUGUGAGGAAGGACAUCAUUUUGUACUGACUGGUCCUGUGGCGGAGUGUGACUUAAACGCAUGGUUUAGUCAUAUAGGAGCAGCACUCCCGAAAGUACGCAGCUCAGCUUUCUGUGAUCCGGAGCUAUUGGAUCUGUUAAAUGAAGCUUUAGAUGAACGCACGCUGGUUACCAAGGAACAGGCUAAAAACACACCAGAAUGCAGAUCUUGCUCUGUCGGGACUUCAUAUCCUGCAUCCAUAUUAAAUGAAUUCUGCAGCAUUCCAGAUGUUGCUUCUUGCGUGGUGUUGGUUGGAAACCCGUCAUGGCAGGAUCUACCACUUUCAGGAACCAAGCUGCAGUUCUGUCCAGGUCCUUCCUACCCUGAGACGUGUGUUUCCACUUUGCACGACGGAGACCCGCUUCAUCAACACAAGCUUCUGAGCAGUGUGUCCGCAGCUCUGUGUGGACUUUCCGAAGGAUCGGCACUGGUGGUUCCGUUGUGCUCGGCUCUGACCCGCUUCACCGCAUCUCUGGUCCUCGCACUCCACCUAUGCUUCCACUCCAUCGGUUUCCGUCGCUCUGUCUGCGGCCCACCUGUCGUGCUGCUCUGUGUGGGAUUCUCCUCAGUACCCCAGAUCAACACCAUCCUCCAGGAGGUCCUGGAUCGAAUGAGAACGUUAGAACCUGGCAGGCAGCUUCUGCAGUUUGCUCCGAUGGAAGAACUGAUUAGAGGUUCACUGCCUCACUUUCUGACCAACCUUAACAACACGGUACUGAGGCAGCAGCUCCAUUUACUUCUACCGCCAGAGCAGAACCGAUAAUAGCCUCUCUCCGUGGCUCUUACGUCUCCGCUACUGGCUUGGCUUAUGAAGGCCUUACGGAUUCCUCAUCUAGAGAAAUUGAUUAAAACUUUAUUUACUCUAAAAGACAGAAAAUACUGUCCAUCACUCCCAUUCCUCAGGGCUUUUGUUUACUUUUUUACUAUUUUUUUCUACACUCUCACACAGACACUACACACAGUUUAUACCCCAGCGUGAUUGAAUUCUGGAGUCUGAUUGGUCAGAAGGUGAGGAGUGACUCGCUCGCUCUAACGCACGAGUGUUUCCAUAGCAACAGCUCAAACACAAGGACUUGUACGUGGACGCUUCAUGUAACCUCAGAUGUUAGGAGACCAAUCGUGUUCGUGAAUAAAUGAAUCAUUGUAGUAGUUUUUCACCACAAAUGCCUGUGGUAUAAGCGGAAUAACACACCCCACACCGCAGUGUUCUACAGAAAUAAUACACUUCAGGGUGUAACAGUGAUGCUGUGAUCCAUCACACCAUGCCUCAGCAUGCAGCAUGGAGUGUGUGGUGUGUUAUUCCUUUCUUCGGACGGCUCUGUCCUUAUGUCUGUCCACUCGCAGUGACCGUGUCUCAUUCCCUCACUGGGGGCAGUGUCAACUCUGUUCUUUGGGAUCCAUAUUUUUCUUUUCCAUGGUUGAGGGGUGUGUGUGUGUGUGUGUGUGUGUGUGUGUGUGUGUGUGGAGAGCUUUUUGUUUGAGAAAAUAGAGAAUAGUUCUGAUUGAAUGCAGUGUAUUAAGUUUUACAUUUAUUUAUAUGAAAUCUAUUUUAUGUUGAUUAAAGUACCUGAACCUGGUACUAAAGAUGCCUUCACUAUUAUAUUUUGGUUAACUGCCUUUUGUUUAAUAAAAGCAGUUUAUUUUUGGA